GGCUAGGUGUUCUAACCGCAGUAGGUAACAAAUUUUAUUUAAUGGGAAACAUAAACGAUGUCGAGAAAAACAUCGAACGAAAGCCCAAGGAAGCACAAUUAUUAUAUGCCGCCGAAAAUGGGCAAGUUGAUAAGUUACAAGCCGUUCUUUCCGACAAAGACGUCCAAGUAGACUGUCCAAAUAGUUCUGCUGUUACAGCUUUGUUUCUGGCAGCGAAAGAAGGACACGAUGAAUGUCUGAGAUUGUUACUAGAAGCUGGAGCAAAGGUAAAUGGCAUUGGGCUUGGUAACACAGCCCUAACGCCGCUGUGGGUAGCGACUUACGCCGGUCAUAAAAACUGCGUGGAUAGACUGGUGAAGGCAGGUGCCGAUCUCAAUACAAAGUUUCCUGAAACGCCUUUGUUAAUUGCGGCACGUGAAGGAAAGGCAGACUGUCUCAAGAUUCUAAUAGAAGCUGGUAGCAACGUUAAUGUUAAGAACAAUCGCGGACAAAAUCCAAUGCAUAUUGCUUGUUCAGAAGUUCACGAGAGCUGUGUAGAACUUUUGGCAAACACAGAAUGUGAGUUGGAUGCUAUAGAUCAGAGUGGUUGUACCCCUUUGCACCAUGCCUGUAUAAAUGCACCAGAUGGUCACAGUACAGUCAAGAUGCUUGUUCAAAUGGGAGCAGCAGUAAAUAUUUCUUCUAGAAGUUGGAACCAUGCAACAUCCUUGCACUACUGUUCACAACUUGGCAAAGUGGAAAAUGUAAAACUUUUACUAAAAUAUGGUGCGAAUGUGUUCAAAAAAGACAAGUGUGGUCAGACAGCUCGAGACAGGGCUCAGAAAUACCCAGAAUGUGAAAAACUUCUUCAAGAACAAGAAGCUAAACCAUCAAGCUUGCUCCAGUUAAGUUGCUGGUCACUCAGAGGAACCCUAGGAACUAAAGGUCUCAAGAAAGUACAUGAACUGCCAAUACCGUUGACUCUCCAACAAUUUUUAUUAUGAAAAUGAGAUAUUUUAUACAGCACGUUAACAAUUUCUUACUCAGGUUAGGACAAAUGCAUUCCUGCAAAGUCAUUCUCCUGUUAUGCAAAGUCAGUAAGAACAGGCAGAGCUAAUGCAGUCGCACUGUUUUAUAGUAACGUAAUCUGAACUGAAAGUCUUUUGAAGUGGUACUCUGUGUCUUAUAAUAAGAUAGUAGGAAAAAACUAUCCAUGCAUACAUAUACUUUAUUUUGACUCGAAUUUUCAGAGUAGCUCUGUGGAGCUAAUAUCUUCGAGAAAGAAAAAUACGUAAGUCUGUUAAAUUAUAAAUGGAACUACCGUACUACCAAUACAAUAAUAAAAAAAAUUACCACUAAAAGUUCAUUUUCCUUAUGGGUAUCUUAAAAUCCUUAAAUGAUGUAAUUGUUCUCAUGCUUUCUGGGAGCGAAUUCCAAGUUCUUGCUGCUUGAUAUCAGAUGCACUCAAGACCAUAUUUUGUUGUUUUUGAUUUAAUAAAUUAAUGCCCUUAACAUAUAACCUAUGGUUGACAAUUUAAACGAAAGUAUAUUGAAUCAAUAAGUAAUGAGUGCACAAAAGACCGGAAAAGUGUCUUUUUGAAGUGAAGCGACUCUAUUUAAAUAUUCCAUAUAUUUUCACGAUGGAAAGAAUUUCAAAACUAAGAAAGCGGAUACAAUAGACUCUAGGCCUUAAAGAGCAAACUUAAAAACACCUAUCUUAACUACGGUAGAGCGCUUUGGAAAUAAAAGUGAUAAGUAAUUGAAAAUUCUACCUAUCUAAGAAA